GUAAAUGGAAGCCUUGCCAAAACGGAGGCAGAUGCGUCGAACAAUAUGGGGGUUAUAAAUGCAUUUGUGCAACUGGCUUUACUGGUGUCAACUGUGAAAAUGAUAUCAACGAAUGUUUGGGUUCCCCGUGCUUCAAUGGAACAUGUAUAAACAGCCCUGGCUCUUAUACAUGUGACUGUGAUUCAGGAUUCACGUCCAAACUUUGUGAUCAAGAUAUUAACGAGUGUGACAAUAUAACCAUGCCCUGUCAAAAUGGCGCAUCUUGUCAUAAUGAAAUAGGAUCAUUCUAUUGCACAUGCGCACCAGGAUGGAACAGUACCCUUUGCGAUAUAGACAUCAAUGAAUGUGAUGAGGAUCCAUGUGUAUAUGGAACUUGUGUUAAUACAGCAGGAUCUUAUCGUUGUGUAUGCAAACCUGGAUUACAAGGACAACAUUGUAACCGGGAUAAAAAUGAGUGUCUUAACAACACAUAUCUGUGUGAAAACAAUGGAACAUGUGUGAACACUGUAGGCUCCUUCCGAUGUAAUUGCCGUUAUGGGUUUACAGGGCUGACAUGCAGUUUUGAAUCACGCAAACUACACGCAGAUCAUAAUGUUUUAGGUUAAUAAAUUUGGUCUUUUAUUCUAUGAACCAUUAAAAGUUUUAAAGAUUAUGUGUUCUUAUUUAUUCAUUUUCGAAUGGUAAUAGAAAAGGAUUUGUACAGUU